GGGAAAUCUGUGCUCUGUGGAGCUGUGUGUGGGUGAGGGGAGGGUGUUUUCUGUGGUGUCAUGUAUCAGUGUGGGAAGGAUGUCCUCUAUGGAGUUGUGUGUGAGUGUGUGGAGGGUGUUUUCUAUGGUGUCAUGUAUUAAUGAGGGAAGUCUGUCCUCUGUGGAGCUGUGUGUGAGUUUGGAGACGGUGUUUUCUGUGGUGUCAUGUAUUAGUGUGUGUAGAUUGUCCUCUAUGGAGUCGUGUGCGAGUGUGGGGAGGGUGUUUUCAGUGGUUUCAUGUAUUAGGUUGGGGAGGAUGUUUUCUACCUUGUGUUAUACAGUGUGGGGAGGUUGUCUCGAAUGGUGUAACCAUGUGGAGCGGAUGUCUUCUAUGGUGUCAUGAAUCGGUGCAGUGAAGGUGUCUCCUGUGCUGUUCAUCAGCGGAGGACAGUUGUUCCACCUACCUCGCUCAACGACAAAAGUAAUUCACUUCCACCAGGACCAGCCCAUGAACCAACACGGACGUAUGAGAGACUUAUAAAAGAAGGCCCGACGACGUCUGCUAGACCAAAUAAUCUGCCAAUACAAUAUAACAAAAAUGGAAAUUUUCUUUUUGAUGAUGGAGCAGUCAAGAAGCGACCUAUGAAAAAGGUUCCCCCGAUGGGCCGGUCGGAUAAGGAAGAGGUCAUUGUUGUCCGGUCUGAGAAUGCCAGAUCACCUCCACAGCGAUCGCAAACUUGGAAUGGCAAGCAUGGACGACUUGAUGUCGGUUGGGGCAAGGUAGAAAGUGGCUCCGCUGACUCACCGAAUGCUAGAAAAAGCGGACAAGAUGGACUCCCAAACCAAACCAGACAGCCUGAACCCAUCAAUCAAAUCGAAAGUUGUCAUGUUGAAUCGCCUCAGAUUUCCAUGGACCCUGGAACUGGAAAUGAUUAUACCAACUUCCCCCAGACAGUCGAAAGUCACGAAGCCCCGAUAAACGGCACCAGUAGUUAUCCUUCCACUGUUUCCAAUCCGGGCGGCACGACGUUUCUGUUUCCCUCACGAGAAACCGAUGGCGUUUGUGCAACGCCAGCUCUGAGCCCAGGAAGCCCUCAAACUCCCAAACAGGAAGCGUGGAUGGCAGAUCUGCAGAAUUUCACGGUGGAAUCUUUGCACGAAAAUCUUCUCAAAAUCGGGGUUAAACCGGAAAAAGUCGAUGUAUUUCGCCAAAUAUUCGUGGACGGGGAGCUCUUUAGCAACAUGACGGACAAAAUGCUGAAAGAAACUUCGCCUGAUCUUAAUGAGUUUGAUCUGCUGCGUUUGAAAAUGUUCCGGGAUAAAGGAAAGCUUCCUAAAACAAGCCAAGGGUCGUCACCCUAGGCGUGGUAUCACAGGGUUUACUUUCCAGCUACAGAUUGCUCAGUACUUGCCCUUUAACAAAGAGAGAAAAGAACACGAGGUAGAGUCGGUAACGAGACUACCAUCGUAAAUCUGUGCAUGCGCAACGGCUCCUUCGUCUCAUUCUAUGAAGAUUAGGCGUAUUGCUAGCGUAGAAAGUGCAUGAAACUUGACACUUGCACCAGAUUUCUACAAUGUAGCAAUAACUGGAAAAUUUUAUCGAUAAGUGUUUUUUUUUGCUGAUUAUUUUAUAGGCUGCCCGUAUGUACUUGAACUUGACAAAAUCAGCUAAUAUGCUCUCAAUGCCAAUGGCAUGUUUCUGCACGAUAUCAGCCACUGUAAAAUUUGGACUACUGUAAUAUCUGGAGCACUGCAUGAUAGGAUCAAGGGAGAUAAUUUGUGGACUAUGUUUCUGGAGGAAGCAGUCACCGUGUCGCACUCGCCUUGUGGCAGUCACCGUGUCGCACUCAUCGUGUGGCAGUCACUGUGUCGCAGUCACCGUGUGGCAGUUACUGUGUCGCGGGCGACAUCUGUUUAUGCCAUUAAAGUG